UUUUCAAUUUAUUUUUUGUCAGUAAAAUCGACGCGCUCGGCUUAUCCCCGCGACUGAUCGAACCUUUUGAAAAUUUAGAAACCAGAGUCCCCGCCACUGCCCCACUUCUAGUGAGAUCUCAGCGACGUCGACUUCACGCGCCGGAAUAUUCUUCGCGCGUCUCUUCCCAUUGGACCGUGCAGUACACGGUCCACAAUAACGCGUAAUGAUUGGAGUUCUUCGCACGGGUCUUCCGAUGCCGUCCCAACGCGUCAUAUAAUACGCUGCGGGCCACGAUCUUCGCUUCAGCCGUACACCUGUAACGAAACGACGUCGAGAGGCGGUGAAUUUUAGAGAGAAGGCGGUGGUCUUUUUCUUUCUCAACAGAACGGAGCCAGAUCUGGCCGGAAACUUCGCUGUCUCCGACCUCCGACCUCCAAACCCUAACGUUUUCUGGCUUUUAAGCGUCUCCUCUGCGUUUAUUUUACUUCACGGAUGCGGUGUAAUUGGUUUGUUUGAUAUUUCCCUUUUUUGUUUUGGUUUAAUUUGGUGAGGAGCUUCGGCGUUUGGUGCUUAAUUUCUCGGAGAUUUGAGUUUCUUGUUGUUUUGUCUGAAUUUUUUUUUUCGGGUGAGGGAAACCCUAGGUACGGAUAAUUCGACUUUUUGAGGAUAGAAAGAGGGUUUUAGGGUUUUGGGUAUCGAUUAUUUGUAUGGCUUCAGCGCCUAUAGCUGGAGGAGGAGAUGAAGAUAGAGUGAAGCAGAGGUAUUCGGAGACUAAGGUUUACAGAAGAAAAGCGUUCAAAGGUCUGAAGAACAAGAAUACGGCUAGUGUUACCGCCAGUACCACUGUGUCCACCACCACCGACAAGGAUGGGAGCAGCAAGAAUGGAAAUACUGUCGCCGCUACCUUCAGCAAUGUUAAAAACUUAAACAACAAUUCAGACCAGGCAGUGCCGCAUUCAGAAGCCUCAGAAGAUGCGAAUCUAUCGCAGCAGCAGCCUUCACCGAGGUUGGGCGCUGCCUCUGAUGAUUUGACGAGGCUUAAUGGAGAGGCAUCGGUGGGACCGACUGCGCUGGCAACCGAGGACCCGUCUUCUGGGAAUGGCAUCCUUAAGAUGGGUUUGGACAAUCAGAGUCGGGUCAAUGGGGCGUCGAAGCCGAAGCAGGAAAUGCAAGAGCUUCGGCGGAAAUUCGAGAGUGAGCUUGAAAUUGUGAGAAAUUUGGUUAAGAGGAUUGAAGCCAUACAAGGGCAGUUAAAUAGUGGCCAUAGUCAUUCUCACGUGUCAACAAUGGAAUUGGCUGAUAACGGUCGUGGAGCAUAUCAUGUACAUUCGGAAGUUGGUUCUGUUGGUGUUCCUCCAGAUGGUACCAGACCACUGCACCGGUUAAACAUAUCAGUUCUGGAGAAUGGUAAAGGGGUUAAUGAAUUCAUGGAAAGAGAGAAGAGGACUCCGAAAGCAAACCAGUUUUAUCGCAAUUCUGAGUUCUUGCUUGCAAAAGAUAGGAUCCCUCCAGCUGAGAGUAAUAAGAAGUCCAAAUUAAAUGGGAGAAAGCAUACUAGACGAAAAUUUAAGCAUGGUUUUGGAAUGGGUACCAAGAUCUUCAAUUCUUGUGUUUCUCUACUUGAGAAAUUGAUGAAGCACAAGCAUGGUUGGGUGUUCAAUACUCCUGUUGACGUAGAGGGGCUUGGUUUGCAUGAUUAUUUUAGCAUUAUCAGACAUCCAAUGGACUUGGGUACUGUGAAGACGAGGCUGAACAAGAAUUGGUACAAAUCUCCAAAAGAAUUUGCGGAGGACGUGAGACUUACUUUUCAUAAUGCUAUGACUUAUAAUCCAAAGGGUCAAGAUGUUCACGUAAUGGCGGAACAGUUACUGAAAAUCUUUGAGGACAGGUGGGCUAUAAUAGAAUCAAAUUAUUAUCAGGAGAUGAGGUUGGGAAUGGAAUAUGGGGCUGCUCGUCCAAGUUCUAAUUCAAUAAGAGCUCAUUCCGUAACACUUCCUCCCCUUGAUAUGAGAAAGAUUCUACGGGGGACAGAGUCAUUCAUAAAUCCAGCUGAUUCCAAGACACAACCGAUGAGUGUGACUCCGUCAGCAAGGACACCUUCGCUGCAGAAACCGAAGGCAAAAGAUCCCUUCAAAAGGGAUAUGACUUACAGUGAAAAGCAAAAGCUCAGUACGAACCUUCAGAAUUUACCCUCUGAGAAGCUAGACGCCAUUCUGCAGAUUAUUAAAAAGAGAAACUCUGAAAUUCUCCAACAAGAUGAUGAAAUUGAAGUAGACAUUGAUAGUGUUGACACAGAAACUCUGUGGGAGCUUGAUAGACUAGUUACGAAUUACAGGAAGAGUUUAAGCAAGAAUAAGAGGAAGGCUGAACUUGCCAUUUUGAAGGCUCAAGCACAAGCUGAGCAUAAUGACCGGGAGAAGACCCCUGCCUCGGAUGGUUCAAAGUUACUUGGAGAAAUUAGAGCAGAUGACAAUAUUGUUUCCUCUUCAUCACCCAUCCGAGGGGGACAACAGCAGGAUCAUUCAAGUAAGACCAGCAGCUCAAGUGGCUCUAGUAGUGAUUCUGGAUCUUCUUCUUCUAGUGAUUCUGAUGAUAGUGACAGUUCUUCAGCAUCUGGAUCUGAUGCUGGAUCACCAAUGCAUUGAUUUUCUGUUCAGGUAGAUUGAUGCCUAGAGGAAGACUUCAGAUGGUGGGUUUGAAUCUGCAGCUGGUGUACAGUGAAAAUGUUGUGAAGGUACCUUCAAGCAGUCCUGAAUGCGAACUAAGGGUGGUCUAUUAGGCGAUGAUAGAAUGCUUAGAUUUAGUCUCUCUUGUUAUGGGAGGAUUGCCUCCAUUGUAAUAAUUUGUAACAUAUGGUAGAAUCCGAUUAGAAAUUAGAUGGCGGUAGUUUUGGCGUACCGAAUAUGGCAUUGCUUGCUUGCUUGCUUUCUUUCUCUACUCAUGCUCCACUCAGCAUGUUACAUUCUAUCGGAUUCUUUGUUUUGGCACAAUUCUGUAGUUGCAGUUGCCUCACAGUCAUGAAUUGUAGACCUAUCAUGUGUCGGAAUUAAUUUGUAGCUUUCUUUCUUAAAAUAAAGUCUGCAAACUUUGAUAGUGUACAGAAAAGAUGUUCAAAAUUUAUAUGGUGUGCCUGAUGUGAUGUGAUAAGAGUAGCAGAAACUGUAUUUUAGCGGUUUGGAGUUAUUGAUUCUUAGAACAUAGUAGAAAACUGAUACACAUGCUCAAAAUUUUAUUCACCCUGAUGAAACAGAACUUCAAAACUAUUCCCAUUCUUCCCAACCCUUUUUGAGGAUUUAAAACAAAAGGAAAAACUCAGAAAUUCACAUAAACACAGCCCAUAACUCUGCUUCAUCAUGCCUUGUGUUCCUUUCUGGAAGCAGCUUCAUAGUGCUCUUUCUUCUCAUAUCCUUGGCCUCUUGCUUCUUCCUCCUCGCCUAACCCAAGAUCAAACCCUAACGUGCUUUGUUUUCCAGUCUCAUCACCAGGCCCAAUCACUAAAUCUUUGGUUGUCUGUGCAAUCUCAUA